AUGCCUCGCAAAAUAGCUCAGCAAGUGACUAUGAUCCGCUCUGAUUGCGCCUUCUGCCGCAAGGCAGAGCUAAAGGGAAUAACAGUGCCACAAGUCUGUCGCUUCUGCGGGCGACGAGGGAAAAUCUUCUUUCGCCUGCCCAAGCCAAUCAACGUGGACAGGGAACAACGCAAAGUUUACAUCGACACCAUUCCCAGAAUGCUAAGUUUCACCGGGGGCAUGCCAGACGUGGUUGGGCAAGUUCAGCGGCUCCAUGCGCAAAGCUUGGAACGAAAGGGCGGCGCAAGUGCAAAUCACGACAGCCAACUAUCCAAAGUGGAAGGGUGCACGACAAUUACACUUCAGGCUGAAGACACAGUGCUGCAAACACCAGCCAUUACAGUCACUUCGGAAAACUCGCCGCCGCUUAUGGACGUAGUGACGUGGACAACGUUUGGCUGUAGGACGUGGCAGGGCGUGGAUAUGCAUCUUGCUUUUAGAGCAGCAGAGAUGAAUGCUAAUCGCAAGCGGCAUAGGAGGAGCAGCAGUUGCAAGCGCUGUGUGAGAGACGAGGAGACGAAUAGAAAAUGGGGCGGAGUGAUGGCGGAGCUGAGGGGCACAGUGGCAUGGGAAGACGAGCUGACGGAGGCGGCGGGGGUACUGAAAUUGCAAGACGAGCAGGUGUAG